CUUUAUUCUACGUUGUCCGUCACGAAUCCGCAAACCUCCCCCUCUUCGGCUGAUUCGCUUGCAAAUUGGUUUAAUCCAAUUUUAGAGAGGCUACAAACAUCAUAUCAUUCAUCAGGAUGGCAUCCUCACCACGGCACGAGGAGUACCAAUACCUCGAUCUCGUCCAGAAGAUCUUAGAUCACGGGGAGCGUCGACCAGACCGAACCGGUACCGGGACAUACUCUAUCUUCGCCCCCCCACCGCUCAAAUUCAGUCUCAACGAUAACGGCAAGCCGAUUCUACCAUUAUUAACGACGAAGCGCGUGUUCCUGCGUGCUGUAAUCGCGGAACUUCUAUGGUUUAUCGAGGGAAAUACAUCAUCGACAUCGCUCAGCGCUCAAGACGUUAAGAUAUGGGACGGCAACGGGUCACGGGAAUUCCUCGACAACCUGGGACUCAAGGAUCGUGAAGUUGGUGAUCUAGGCCCCGUCUACGGUUUCCAAUGGCGCCACUUCGGUGCUGAGUACGUCGAUGCGCGCACAGAUUACACCGGCCAAGGCGUCGACCAACUAGCCGAUGUCAUCCACAAGUUGCGCAAUAAUCCCUACGACCGCCGCAUGAUUCUCUCCGCCUGGAACCCGGCCGACCUGAAAAAGAUGGUGUUGCCUCCGUGUCAUAUGUUCGCGCAGUUCUAUGUCUCGUUUCCGAGACAGAAUAGAGACGGAGAGGACAACGGAGAAGAGAAACCGAAAGGUCAUCUUCACUGCCAAUUAUACCAGCGGUCCUGCGACAUGGGACUCGGUGUUCCUUUCAACAUUGCGAGCUACGCGCUGCUGACGCAUAUGCUGGCACAUGUCUGCGAUCUAGUCCCUGGUAGUCUAACGCACGUUAUGGGUGACGCACACGUGUACAUCGACCACGUCGACGCCUUGAAAGUGCAGCUAGAACGCGAGCCACGUCCAUUCCCAGAGCUACAGAUCAAACGCGACAAUGAUGGCUCUAUCGACGGGUGGAAAGUGGAGGACAUCUCGGUUCUAAAUUACGAACCCCACAAAACGAUCCCGAUGAAGAUGUCUGUUUAGCCUGAGACAUAGAAUUACUUAACCUAGAUGCUAGGAACAUCUUGACUAUUAGAUUUAUAGAGGAUAAGUACCUAAGGUAGCUUGAGUCAAGAUAUGGGACGAUGAUGAAUGUAUUACGUGGGAAUGAUAGGUACAUGUAUAUAGGGGAUUGGAUUUCGUUAGAGGCAUAGCCAAGAAACGCGGCGCCGUGAAACUAGAAGAGCUGAAUAUAUUACCUCUCUGUAGGUAGUAUAUGGACGUAGUAGACCCCGUGUAAAGAUGUAUCGUUUAAGCAUACAUAUUUUAUAAAUUUCUCAUGUUGAUUAACUACUUGUAAAUAAACUGUCUUUCAAACAAUACCUAGAAUAUCUACUUUUUUUUUC